AUGCAGUCUGAUGAAGGCGGUAGAGAGAAGCUGCAUGUGGGAUGGGAUAUAGAGAAAAUGACGGAGUCGAUAGCAACGACUCAUCAGAAGAUACAGAAUUUGAAAACUGGCAUCACUGCGGUGGUCGGUGGGCUGAGACAGAUAAGACUAGCGGUGUCCCUAGCGCUGCCACCCUCUGGUGAGAAGCUCCAUCUGUUCGAGUCGAAAGUUUAUGCAGGGGAUCGGUCAAGUAGCGAGUUCAGAAGGAUUGAUGCGGAAGUGGCCCGGCGACGGUUGGAGCAGUUGAGGAAGGAAAUCGCCGACUACAAAGCACAAGUCUAUGAGCUGACUGAGACUGAGGAGAAUAAGAAACAUCUUCGAGGAGGGCUGAGGAGGAGAACUGUGGUUGAUGAUAAGACGAAGCCAUUAUUCGAGAGGUUGGGAGGUGUUACGGACAUUGAAUCUGCUGUUGAUUUAGUGUAUGAUAGAGCGCUGACUGAUACGCGUACUCGGGCUCACUUCGAGAAGGCUCAGAAGAAAAUGGGGCAAAUCAGAGAGCGCAUGCAGACCUUCGUAUUGAGCUAUACAGGGGGUCCGGCUAACUAUGGAGAGGAGGAUCUUAAACCGGUACACUACCAUAUGAACAUCCUGGACUUCCACUUUGAUGCGAUGCUUGAGCACUUCAAUGCGGCCUUAUUGGAGAUGGGUGCUCACCCGGAGGCUAUUGCAGAGUUCAUUCAGCUCUUAGGGAGGAUAAGAAAGUAUAUAACGACAGGGAGCACGGUGAGGAUGUCGAUGGCUCGAAAGGCGGCCGAGCAGCGAAGGGACGAGACGUUCCUCAGCCUGGGGGAAAGUGCGGGGAUAGCGAGGAUCAUGAAUCGAACAUACGAUAUCGUUCAGGUAGAUGACCGGCUUCGGAACUUCUUUAAAGGUAGGGAUAUGGACGCACUGAAAGAACAGCAAACACUGUAUAUGUGUGAGCUUCUGGGAGGGCCUAGGAUGUUCGACGGCAGCAGAAGUAUGUCGGAGAUCCAUGAGGGUUUGAAGAUCAACGACUACCUCUUUGACUGUUUCAUCAUGGACGCUGACCGUGCACUGCACAGUUUGAAUGUGAGUGAGGAGUUGCAUGAUAUCUUCAUUUCGAUGAUGGAAGAGCAACGGAAAUACGUCGUUCAAGGCCACAACAAGAAGGAUACGCAGAAGCUGGUGGAUGGGAAGACAAUCCUCGAGCGCAUUGGAGGGGAGAUGAACGUCGAGGCUGUUGUCGAGACUAUGUAUUUCGGCGCGGAACGCGAUCCUCGAAUAAAGUUCUUCUUUUUCAUGGACAAAGACAAAUUGGCAACAGUGAAACGGAAGGUCACUGAGUUCCUCUGUGGAGCCAUCGGGGAUCGAUCAACGAUCGAUAUUAAUAUUGUGCGAGCUGUGCAUUAUCCUAUGAAUAUCGGAGAUCAUCAAUUUGAUGCUCUUGUGGAGAAUCUCUCGACCUCGAUGGAACUAAUGGAAGUUGAGCACGAUGUUAGGGAGGACGUAUUAGGAGUCGUGAACCAUUUGAGGGGAGACAUUACGGCUGGUGCCACCAGUAGGUUGGAGAUUGCUCGUAGGAAGACUGAAUCCGCUGGCACCGAUGGUCUCUACAAGACUUUAGGAGCCGAUAGUGGAAUUGCUCGGUUCGUGGACGAGCUAUACAGUAUAUGCCUUGUUGAUGAGCGUAUCAAGAUGUUCUUCCAAGGCAGUAAACUUGAGGCGGUGAAGGCGGCCCAGACGGUGUACAUGCAGCAGCUGCUAGGGGGAGCUGUCGAGUACACCGGUCGUGAGCUGCGAAGGAUCCAUCAGACCCUCCUCAUUCAAGACUGGCAAUUCGAUGCCUUCCUGGACAACGCCCACAAGGCCCUUGCAGCUCUAGGGUUGGCUCGACUACCUCUCAAACGACCUCUUAUGGAGCCCUCAGACGUGAACAGACAAUUUGAUGUGAAGCAGAUGAUCAAAGAUGCUCAUAAGAAGCCUCUUUACGAGCGAAUCGGAGGGGAAGUAACUGUUGCGAGGUUGUGCGAAAGUAUGUAUGCUGCUGCCCUGGAGGAUGAUCGUCUGCGAUUCUUCUUUGAGAAGAACAAAGCCAAGGUCCAGUCGAUCAAGAAGAAGAUGACACAAUUCAUUUGUGGUGCCAUCGGAGGCGCGUCGACUUAUGAUGUGGCCGAUCUACGACCAGCACACUAUUCGAUGAACAUCGCCUCUCACCACUUCGACACCAUGCUCUCUAUUAUCAAGGAGAUUUUGACGGUGGAGCUGGAGCUUAGCAAGGCGGAUGUGAGGGAGGUCCUCAAGGCCAUGCAACCUGUUAGAGGGGAUAUUAUCAACGGAUUUACCGUUCGAUCGGAGAUAGCGCGAAAAUCUACUGAAGACGGUCUCGACCAAAUGUUCCUCAGGUUAGGUGAAGCUGACGGCAUAGCACGAGUUGUGAAUUCUCUGUUCUCGAUCCUCGGCACUGACGCACGAAUUAAACGGUUUUUCAAAGCAGAGAAGCGAGAGCAGUUGAAGCAAGGAGUUACGGUCUUCUUAGUCGACAGGUUCGGUGGACCUAAGGACUACGAAGGUCGUGAUCUCGCAGUGGCUCAUGAAGGGCUCGGCAUCUCCGACUAUCAUUUUGAUGCCUUCGUGUCCGACUUCCUGAGAGCUCUGAGCGGCAGUGGUGUGGAAGACACUGUUGUUGAUGAGCUUGUUGUGACUUUGGAGCCUUUGCGCUCAGAGGUGCUUGGUCGUAGAGAUGAAAUUAACGCGGUGGUGGUGAAGAAUGGUCACACGCUGUUCGAAAGGCUUGGGGGAGAUGAACAAUUGGAGACUUUAACUGACGUCUUGUGA